AUGUUUUAUGUAAUGUAUCUUACAGGCCUUUGCCAACGACGACAUUGGCCCGACCCUCUCUUCCAAACUUACCGUACACGAUAUGGCUAUGGGUCCACAGUCCGAGUCAACAACCGGGAGUACUCCACAGACGUUGACUACGAAUCUGAAGAACUCGCAAAGAACGCUGCUGCAACUCGAGCCUAUAUGAUCUGUCGCAACUUCUCGGUGAACGACGGGAUGUACCCUGGUCAACGCCCCGGCCAAGGAGGUGUGGUCCAGGGCCUACCUACACCUAUUGGCGCCGGUAGGAGGAACACAUGCUCGUCCAACGACUACGACAGUGUGAGUAACUCAAGUGGCGGCACCAGCCCGAGAAACUCCGAUUGUGGCCUUGACGGUGCAGAGGCGGUAGGAAGACGGUCCAGCAAGUCCUCGACGUCAUCGACGUCAAACUGCUGUUGUGGCCGGGGUGUCGUCCGUGCCUACGAGAGGUGCAACUACUGCCUUCAAGAUGCCGGAUACAGAGUGUGA